AGAAAAGUAUACAAUAUAACAAAAUUUUUUACAAAGUAACACACAUAAGUAUGUUUUUAUAUGACCACUGCUUUUCCGUAUAUGUAUUUGUUUACAAAAUAUCAAAUUUAAAGCUGACUAAUUCUGACAGUGUAACUUACUCUCUGACAACAGCUGACAAGUCCAACGAUGACAGACCAAACCCACCAAACAUAAACAAAUUCGUGUUCCAGAUCCAUAAUAACAUGGAUACGAUCAAUAUUAUGUGUAAAAAUCAAUAGCUUUGAUUCAGAUACCUGACUUACUUAACGUCCGUUAUUCAACCAAGCAAAAACCAUGUUACUGAAAAGAAACAUACUUGAAGAUUUGACUAUUAUAUCGUGUGGCGGUGCACUUAUUUGUAUAAUCCUUAACUAUGUAACAAAUAUUUCUCCUAUAACCGGAAUUUGGUUUCAUUUGUAUUUAAUUACGGUCUUCGUAAUUUCCGUUCUAUUUAGCUUCAAGUUUAUUCAGUGGCUGUUACAUCUGAACAAACCAAUUAAAUAUGAUAUUGAGGGAUUGGUUAAAAAGUAUCCAACCCUUUCUUUUUUGCCUGGUAUUUUGCCUCGCACUGAAAGAAAAAUAUGUAAAGAACCGAAAGAAUAUGACAUAAAUGAACUUAGUAUUAUAUCUACAGUGUUGGAAAGGAAAUUGGUGUCAUCAUGGUAUAUGGAAUAUAUUUCGCCUGAAAUCGGUUUCCCGUUUGCUUGUAAACAAAUGUUGGAUCAAAUGAUUAGCAAGACAUUUCAGAUAUGUGAAAAAAUUGAUACCAAAGAUGUUUACGUUGACAUCUGUGCGGUAAUUACAAGCCAUUUAAAAGAGUAUAGCAAAGCAUUGAAGAGACAUGAGGAGUCACCAACCACCCCUGUGGAGUCCCUGUACAAAAAAACUCACCCCAUAUCUAAUGACAAGAAGUAUGAAUCAGCUGAUCAUUGUGUAAAUUUACUCCGUGUUGUACUAAAAGAACUUGUUCCAUGGGAAUUAUGGGAUACACCGCAAUCCGAAAUCCUUGUUAGGGUAUUGUCUAAAAAACUAGACAUUUUCAUUGAUAGUACAUUAUCUGAUCCAAUCUGGUUGAAUGAUAAGUUGCUAUCGAUAAUAAAAGAGAAAAAAGAUGAAGGAAAACUUGAUUUUCCAAUGCAAGAAGAAUUUAAAGAAACAGAAAAUAAUUCUUCUGAAGAAAUUUAUACAGAAAUCAAUCCAUUAUUCUCUAAUGUAGAACCUACUUCAUUAAACAUCAAUACAGUUGAAACUGUAAAAGGAGUAGAAGAAGGAAGAGAAGAGUUUCAAGAGAGAAUGGAGAGUAUAGUAGAAGAGAAAGCAGUUCAGAGUACAGACCCAAUGGAUAUCAAAUCAUCUCCAAUACUGAGGCAGAGACGGGGUCGUCAGGGCAAGAAUGAAGUUAAGAUUUACGAUAGAGUUAUUGAAGGGAGCAUGAAAACCUGGGAGACAGACAUGGACCUGCAAUGCAUCAGCCUGGGGCAAGACCUGCUGGCCAGUUUGGACGGGGAGAUCACACUCAGCAGGCUAUGGGGGCAGGAUGUGGAUCCUGACGGCAGUCCUAAUCCACCCAGAGCUAAGUCACCCCAACCUUUUUGGUUUGGUGAAGAAGAUGCAAUAGAGUUAGAAUGUGGAGACAGCAGCCCUCAGAAGCCAAGCGAGCCGAGCCCCGUGAAGAAGGAAAGCAGCCCCAAGCCGGCAGAACUCCUCAAGGAUAUCCAGAGCACGGUCCACCACGCCAAGUCUAAGAUAGGCGACCUACAGGUCCCAUACACACACAUAGAUGUGCCCCGCAAGCAUUCCAGUGACGAGGCGGCCGGCAUGAUGGAGGGACUGUUGGACUUCGGCAUCGCGGGCAUCAAGAAGGGCCUGCGCUUCACCGGCCUCAGUGAUGACUCACAAGAGAAAUCUCCAUCGCAUCAGGCCAAGGACAAGGCCUCUGAGAAGAUCUCUCCCCCGCAGGAUAUGGGCAGGAAGCCCAUACAGGAACACAGAGAUAUUACUAUCGCGUCUGCACACAAUGAAAAUGGUGCCGUCCCACAAUUGGUGAAGCAACAUCGAGUCACGUCACAGGAUAGCAUGAUGUCACAGGGCAGGCGCGCGGGCAGCUGGCCCCCGCAGGAGGGUGGGGCGGAGUCCCCGGAGCCCGAGUACGAGGAGGCGGCAGACCUGUCCACCAGCAUCGCCAAGCUGCGCUGUCUGCUGCAGCAGCGCGCUGAGACUGCGCAGUACAGAUCUGACGAGAUCUGGUGGGAGGGUGCGGAGGAGACGCGCGGCAGGACGCAGCAGCACCACUCCUCGCGUCCUGUCGACACCGCCACACUCGCCGAUGAGUAUGACAUGAACAUGGAGAGAAACUCCUCGCCGGGACAAACCUCCAACAAUAUGCAACGCUUGGACAAGUUGUUCCAACGGACGGUGACGGGCGUGUUCAACUCUAUAAAGACGGCUGUGGGCGCGGAGGGGGCGGAGGGCGCUGAAGGCGAAGGCGCACCACGUCCGCGAGACUGGCACUACGUGUGCACCUCGCCGGACCUCAGCGUGAGUAGUGAGCUCAAAGUUAUAGCUUUAAAUGAGAAGGGUGAGGGAGUGCUGUUAGAAGAGUUUCAGUGCAGUGUGUGUGUAGAGGAGUGGUGCAGCAACUGCGGCGCGGGGUGGAGCGGCGCGUGCGCAGUGGCGGGCGCGGCGGGACUCUGCCGCUCCCACGUCGCCUUCCGUCUCGCCACGCUGCUCUUUGCUGACCUAGCGGAAUCUCUGCUGGCCUCCUGGCUGGAUGAGCUAAGCGCGUGGCUGCGGCAGCAGGUGUUUGUAGUGUUCCAGCAGCUUUCCGGAGAUGAGCUGGACCUCACCAGCAAGGGGGACCAACUGCGUCCCCUUGAUAUUGACGAGACGUGUGCCGCUAUUAUGGCGGUUAUACCCGAGAUGUACGUGUUCAGCGAGGAGGGUAUCUCGGCCGCGGUGCGUCUCUCUGUGUCCAGUCUGCGACACAAGGACCUCAACAAGGACCUCAUGUUCCGCACCCUGGACCUCAUGGUGGCGCGCUACAAGCACGCCGCCGGCAUCACUUCCACCUCAUUCGAUGCCAACUAACAUGAUAAUGCUCUUUUAUACAUCAUGUUUCAAAACUCAUCAUUUGAUAGAGUUUUGAAACAUGCUGUAUAAUGUGUGAAGAUUGUUUACUGGAAUUUAAUUUAUUUACAUGUUGUAUCGAGUCAAGGGAAAGAUAAUAAUUACUUCUAAAGUAUAUAAAUGAGAAUAUUUUAAUUAAUAUAUAGUCAAAUGAUCUCGUAUUCUAAGAAUCUUGUACUUCAUGUACAUUCACUAUUCAUUAAUAAAAUAUAUUAAAUGUU